AUGGCCAGAAACACAUCAUUAGCAAAUAUUGAUUUUUCAAGUUACCGGUCCCAUGAUGUUGGUUACAACAAAACUUCAGUAAGAUCGAUUGGAUGGAAUGCGACUGGUUCUCGUUUGGCCUCCUCCUAUUCUGAUAAAUCUGUUCGUAUUUGGAACUCGGAACGGUUAGAAUACAAGUAUUCCACUGAACUUGGUGGACAUGGAUAUGGAACUGUUGAUCAACUCGUUUGGGAUCCGACUCAGACGGACAGGCUGUUGACCGUUUACUCUGAUCGUUUUAUACGUUUUUGGGACUAUAGAAGUCCUCGGCCCAUUGCCGAGCUCCCCAGUAAAUACGACAAUAUUUACGCUACAUGGAGUCCUUCUGGCAAAUAUUGUGCCGUUGGAAGCAAAGAUGACAUGAUCACUUUUAUCGACACUCGCGAGUUUCAAGUGAUGGAAACAAUUCAACAACCUUGUGAAACGAAUGAGUGCUGUUGGUCAUUCAGUGAGGAUCUAUUCUAUAUGACGACUGGCCUUGGAACUGUGCAAAUUAUGGAAUGGCCGUCCUUUAAAAAAAUUCACGAAUUAAAAGGACACACAGCAAAUUGUUUUGCCAUCGGGUUGAGUCCGAAUGGGCACAACUUAGCUGUGGGAGGUGCGGAUGCUAUAACGUCUAUUUGGGAUACAAAAGAGUGGUGCUGCGUACGCAACAUAACUGAUUACUCAACCGCUGUUCGUACUCUUGACUUCAGUUUCGAUAGUGAAUACAUUGCAACUGGAUCUGAGGACGGGAGCAUUCUUAUCAACGAAGUCAAUUCGGCAAAACAACUUCGAAAGUUAUCCACUGCUGGGCCUAUUACGAAGGUCAGUUGGCACCCAAGUAAGCAGAUCCUUGCUUAUACAAAAAUGCAAAUGGGCAAUUCUGGGCUUUGCCUCUUGUCUCCUUAG